AUGAUCAGAUAUAUGAAAGAGGUUCAAGGCAGGAAUCAAACUGAAGUGACAGAGUUUAUCCUCUUAGGACUCUCAGAUAAUCCAGCUCUACAAGUUGUCCUCUUUGGAUUGUUUCUGUUAAUCUAUAUGGCAACUAUGGUGGGUAAUUUGGAGAUGAUCAUGUUGAUUAAGGUUGACCCUCAUCUCCACACCCCCAUGUACUUCUUUCUCAGCAGCCUCUCUUUUGUUGAUGCCUCUUAUUCUUCUUCUGUUACUCCUAAGAUGCCGGUGAACCUGGUGGCCGAGAAUAAGGCCAUUUCUUUUAGUGGAUGUUCUGCCCAGUUCUACUUUUUUGGCUCCUUCCUGGGGACUGAAUGCUUCCUGUUGGCCAUGAUGGCCUACGACCGCUAUGCAGCCAUUUGGAAUCCUCUGUUAUACCCAGUUCUCAUGUCUGGGAGUAUAUGCUUCUUGCUAGUAGCUACCUCAUUCCUAGCAGGCUUUGGGAAUGCAGCCAUCCACACAGGAAUGACCUUCAGAUUGUCCUUCUGUGGCUCUAAUCGGAUCAAUCAUUUCUACUGUGACACCCCACCCCUGCUCUGACACCCACAGCAAUUGCAUGUGACCAUGGCUUUCUCCAGUUUCAGUGUCAUCAGCUGUGUUGUGAUUGUCCUCAUCUCCUACCUGUGUAUCCUCAUUGCCGUCUUGGGAAUGCCCUCCCUGGAGGGUAGGCACAAAGCCUUUUCUACUUGUGCCUCCCACCUCAUGGCUGUCACCAUAUUCCUUGGAACAAUUCUCUUCAUGUACUUGCGCCCAACAUCUAGCUACUCAAUGGAGCAGGACAAGAUUGUUUCUGUGUUUUAUACUGUAGUGAUCCCUAUGCUGAAUCCCCUCCUCUACAGUUUGAAAAACGAGGAUGUAAAAGGGGCCCUGAAGAAAAUCUUAGAGAAGCCCACAUGGUAA